AUGAAAUUCAAUUUAUUUAAUUGUAAAGGUUUUCGGAAGAAGAAGCACGUACCACAAGGUGGAGCUAUUUUAGAUCAAGUCAUAUCCGAAUCAUGUUCGCCUAAUAACAAAGUUCUUCUCUAUAAGUUGGCAAAUUAUAAAUUAGGUGGUGACUUAAUUGAUGCCUUCAACAUUGGCGGCCAACAUGCUGUGGAAGAAUUAAUUCGCGAGCAGUUUGGCGUGUUCAUGUAUAAAGGUGGCAAGGGUCAAAUCAUAAAUCGUGCUGAAUAUUUAAGAUGGAAAUAUAUGGAAAAUGCUGAAGUUUCCAUUCCCAUCGAAGCUUCUCUUUCAUCACAUGACCCUCUUGGCAAGUGGACCGAUCAUAAAGCGUGUUGGCAGAUGCAAUAUCGUGGCGCGUUAGGUGAAAGCCUACUUCACGUUCUUAUUUUAUGCGAUACAAAAGUGCACACGAAGUUGGCCCGUUUGCUUAUUCGAGUGUUUCCCGAGCUCGCUUUAGACGUGAUGGAAGGCGAAGAAUAUUUGGGAGCAAGUGCUUUACAUUUAGCUAUUGCUUAUUCUAACAAUGAACUCGUAAAUGAUUUGAUUGAUGCUGGUGCUGAUGUUCAUCAACGUGCUAUUGGUCGUUUCUUUCUUCCGAAAGAUCAACAAAGUAAUACUCCAGUCAAGAACACAGAUUAUGAAGGUCUUGCUUACUUAGGAGAAUAUCCGUUAGCUUGGGCAGCAUGCGUUAACAAUGAAUCGGUGUAUAAUUUAUUGUUGGAGGUCGGCGCUGAUCCCGACGCACAAGAUUCCUUUGGUAAUAUGAUUCUUCAUAUGGUAGUUGUUGGCGAUAAAUUGGAUAUGUUCGGUUAUGCUCUAAGGCAUCCAAAGCUUCCCGCUAAGAAUGGCAUCGUAAACAAGGCCGGUCUCACACCACUCACAUUAGCAUGUAAACUCGGUCGAUCGGAAGUCUUUCGCGAAAUGUUGGAAUUAAGUUGUCGUGAGUUUUGGAGAUAUAGCAACAUUACAUGCUCUGCUUAUCCGCUUAACGCAUUAGACACUCUCAUGCCAGAUGGUAGCACAAAUUGGAACGCUGCUCUCAUUAUAAUUUUAAAUGGAACCAAGCCAGAGCAUUUGGAUAUGCUCGACGGAGGUAUCAUUGAGCGUUUAUUGGAAGAAAAAUGGAAAACUUUUGCACAACAUCAGUUUCUGAAACGUCUUCUUAUUCUCUUCAUUCAUUUGUUUUUCAUGUCAAUUUCGGUGUACACGAGGCCGUCUCGUACUAAACAAUCACAUAAAGAUGAUGAUGAUGAUGAUGAUGAUGAUGUCAGUGGAGAUGAUGAACUUGCCUCUGAAGCUCUUGUCAUGGAAGAAGGUCUGGAUGUACAAACAAUCAUUCGUUAUUGUUGUGAAUGUGCGACAAUAGCUGGCGUCAUAAGUUUCGUGGUUUUCCAACAAGGCGAUGAACUUAAAAACCAAGGAUUGAAAGCAUUUUUAAAGCAAUUGAAACAAGCACCUGCUAAAGCCAUUUUUCUUGUUUCUAACUUGCUGAUUCUGUCAUGUAUACCAUGUCGUAUCAUGGGUGAUGAUAUACUCGAAGACCGACUUUUAUGUUUUGCUGUUCCCGGCAGUUGGUUUUUGCUGAUGUUCUUCGCUGGUGCCAUCCGAUUGACUGGACCCUUCGUCACAAUGAUUUAUUCUAUGAUUACUGGCGACAUGUUUACCUUUUCCAUCAUUUAUAUCAUCGUUUUGUUUGGAUUCUCCCAAGCAUACUUCUUCCUUUAUAAAGGACACGAAAAUGUCGAUGAAACACCUUACGGAACAUACGCAAGUACAUGGAUGGGCAAUACUUACGCGUACGUCAUUGAACAAUCCGAGAAGGAGUUCAUGAAACAAUGGGCAAAGAUUGUCGUCACACUUGAGCGCGCCAUUCCACAGACCGACGCACAGAAAUAUCUCGAAGAAUAUUCCAUUGGUUUGGGACCUUCCGAUGAUCCGCGUUUUGAACAACGAGGCGUAAUGGUGAUUAAAUCAAAAAGCAAAACAAGAGCAAAACAACGUAAAGGAGCUGUCAGCAAUUGGAAAUGGGUUCUGAAAACGACACUUGGUGAGCUAAAGAAACGUGGCAUGACGGGCGAGGAAAUGAGGCGUUUAAUGUGGGGUCGAGCGUCCAUAACAAGUCCAAAAAAAGUAUCAAAAAAGAAGAAGCAUAUUGAAGAGGAAGAUCCUUUUGGAUUGACAGCAGCUUUAGAUCAAAUGUCUUUCGCUCAAGAUAUCGUGAUGAUAGAAUCCGAUCCAACACGAAACACAACGGUUGUUCAAAUGACAUCAACAUCAACAACAACACCGAUUACAGUUGAACCGCAACAAACACCACCACCUGACUACUCUACUGUCACAGACAUCGUCACAAGUGAACCAUCAAGCGUCACGCAACCUCCGACGAGUGACAAGGUUCAAAUCAAAACCACCGGCAAAGCGACGCCUUCGUCUACAACUCAGUCAAAAGCCCCUACCGCAACAACAACACCCGCAAAAGGCAUUCCAGAGAAAACGUUCAACGAUCCGCUCCGUGACUUGAUACUUUUAUCUGAAGUCAUUUUGAUUGAUGACGAAGUUGAGUUUUUGCGGAAUGUUAAGUCAUUAGCUGAAGACUCUUCGUGCUUAGAUUACGUGCUGGAAGUCAAAAGCACGGACCUGUAUAAUCAGUUACAACAGCAAAGGAAGCAAGAUUUAAUGAAGUCAAAUACGCUCGAACAAGGCAUAAGUUUGUUCCAAAAUCCUAAGGAGAUUGUAGAUCCGGUGAAAGAAGCCGAAUUUUUGAAAACACUCGAAGCAUUAGAUGACACAGAUGACAGUGAUGCAGUGGAGAAACCGGUGCUUGGAAAAAUAUCGCUCGUACGACGAGCAAAGUCAGCUGCGACAAGAACGUCGGCAACUGACAAGAGAAAAAGCGAUGAACAUCCGUUGUGUAACUUAGCAUGGGAAGACAUUGAGAAUGGAGACGAAAAUUCCAUAAUUAAUUGGAUCUAUGAUGGUGACAGAUUAAAGACGGGCGAUGACGACGAUGAAAUUGUCACUGUUGAGGAUGUUAAGCGGAAGAUGGAAAUGCUACACUUGAAUCGUAAAAGCUCUGCUGACAGCGAAUCAACAUCCGAGCAUGCAAGAUCAAAGAAGAAAUAUAAGAAAGUCUAUCGAACAGGAAGAAACAACAAGGUAUCGCCCGAAGAGUCAAAAGAUGACGAUUCGUCUAAACAGCGACGUGGAAAGUCUGCACCAAUUGCAUCAAUUGAAAUCUCACGACACAUAAAGGAAAAGGUUGCUGUUGAUGGUGGGGUGCAAUCACCACCUGAUCCCCUUGAGCCUUGGAGCACAAAAAAUAUUAAAAGCAUCAACAACAUUCUCGAUUCGUCUGAUCGAGAGUAG